GAGCCCAUUUUCUCAAAAGAACGUUACUUAGGAACACGCUACGGAGUGAACUAAAAUCCCACUCAGCCUUUCUGAAUUGAAUUUUCAAGUCUCUCUGCCUCCGUCCAGCUUCCAAGAUAUUAAUCGAAUCGCAUCAAAACUUUCGUUCAUUUGAAAUGGCUACCCACCGCGCCGAUGAAAAGCGCUUCCUUGACGAACGCGGUAACACUGGCCCUCUUGCCCCCAACGGUCUCAAUCCUGCUACCGUCCUCGAGAAACCUGUGCGCGAACGCAUUGUUGAUUGUUAUUUUUGGAAAGACCAAUGUUUUGCUCUCAAUGAGGCUGAUAUCGUUUCACGGGUUGUUUCUCACGUAACAUUCAUCGCUGGCACAUAUGGGGACUCGCAACGACCUUCGCCAUUUCUAUGUCUUGCUUUCAAGUUACUACAAUUAGGACCCGGCGACGAUAUAUUGAAAGAAUACAUGGGGUAUGGUGGAGAGAAGUUCAAGUAUCUGAGGGCAUUAGCGUUGUUUUAUUGGAGGAUGACGAGACAGGCAAAAGAUGUAUACACUAUGUUGGAAGGUUAUUUGGAAGAUAGGAGAAAAUUAAGAAGGAAGACGAGGACAGGAACAACGCUGACAUUCAUGGACCAGUUCGUGGAUGAUUUGUUGACGAAGGAUAGGGUGUGUGGGACGACCUUGUGGAAGAUGCCGAAGAGGGAGAUACUAGAAGACUUGGAGGUACUGGAGCCAAGGAUUAGUCCAUUGGGAGAUAUUGAGGAUUUACUAGACGAGAGUGAGGGGGAGAUUGAGGUGAUGAAGAAUGGCGCGGAGUCAGAGAGCGCGGACAGUCCAGGGGAGGAAUUUGGGGAGGAAGCAGUGGAAGAGGGUGAAAGAAUGGAGGUGGAUCCAUCAGAUAAAACCUCCUCUUCUAAGUAGGAUAGUUUGUAACAUUGGUGGAGAUUCUUCCCGGGAGUUCGGUUUAUGUUUUGGAUCUCGAAGAUAUUAUACCCAGGAAACAGUUCCUUUUAAGAUCGUCUAGUAACUCUCAUAUUAUGGUCAAUUACAUUAUUGACUGAACA